CAAGGCGAUCGAACACAUAUAUGGAAGCUGGGUGCAAUCAUAUCGCGAUCUUCCACGGUGGUUGAUGGCAAUGGAGAAAUGGGUUAGUGGGACCGUUAUCAGGUUCGAGACUAGUCCAACAGCCAUCCAUGGUGAAGUGCACUUCGAGCGUUUGUUUUGGGCUUUCAAACCGUGCAUUGAAGGUUUUGCGCAUUGUAAGCCAAUUGUGCAAGUUGAUGGUACGUUUUUGACUGGAAAAUAUAAGGGGACGUUGUUGUUGGCCGUCGCCCAAGAUGGGAACGAUCAUAUUUUCCCCGUCGCAUACGCAAUUGUGGAAGGGGAGACCAAGGAUGCAUGGAACUUCUUUCUUAAACAUUUGAGAGAGAAUGUCACUCCACAAGAAAAUAUCUGCUUGAUUUCAGAUAGGCAUGCAUCUAUUAAAAGUGCUUUUGAAAACCCUUCAACUGGAUGGAACCACUCUUCGUCGCAUGUGUAUUGCAUUCGACACAUCGCGCAGAACUUUAUGAGGGCUAUCAAAAACAGAAAACUUCGGAAAUAUGCUGUUAACAUGGGGUAUGCACCAAGCGAGCCUACAUUCAUGUACUGGCGGCAUAAGAUUGCGAAAAAAAGUCCAACGGCUUUGGCGUGGGUUGAUGAUCUCCCGAAACCAAAAUGGACGCAAGCAUAUGAUGGAGGUAUCCGGUGGGGUCACAUGACAAGUAAUCUGGCUGAGGCAAUGAACUCAGUGUUCAAGGAUAUCCGCGGGCUACCAAUCACAGCUUUGGUCCAAGCAACAUAUUAUAGGAUGGCAAAACUUUUUGUAACACGAGGAAAGCAGUCAGCAGCUGUGUUUGCUUCUGGUCAACAGUAUACUGAAGCGUGUCAGGAAAGGAUUUCAGAGGCAGUGCAUAAGUCAAACUCACAUGUAGUCAACCAGUUUGAUCGGCAAAAUUAUACAUUUAUAGUGGAGGAAACUGAGGAUCCCCAUGAAGGCCGACCAAUGGAUAUUUUUAAAGUAGAGUUGAAAGAAAAAAUGUGUGACUGUGGAAAGUUCCAGGCUUUACAUUUGCCUUGUUCGCAUGUUAUUGCUGCUUGUUCUCAUGCUAACCUUUCCUAUGAACCAUUCAUUGAUGAUGUCUACAAAGCUGCCACUGUAUUUGCUGUGUAUGACAGACCCUUCCCAGCAGUUCGAAACCAGGGUUUGUGGCCUGAUUAUUUAGGUGACGUUGUUUGCCCCCGCCUCGAUAUGAAAAGAACUAAGAGAGGACGUCCAAAAAAUUCUCGUAUUAGAACUGAAAUGGACGAGUUCGAAAAAAGAGAGAAUCGUUGUGGCUUAUGUCGGGUGCCGGGUCAUAAGUGUCAUGAAUGUCCUAAUGCAGCCGGACCCUCAAAUUAA